AGGCAGGCGGGGAGGGCUUAUAAGGGCUCCCAGCGGGCCGGCCUGGCCAGUCGCCUCCGGACCGCGUGCCUGGACGCCGCUUCGCCCUCCCGCGUCUCCUCCUCCUCCUCCUCCUCCUCCUCUUGCCGGGAUGCUGGCGCUGCGCUCGGCCGGCCGCCUCUCGCCGCUCUUGCGGGGCAGCCCGGCCGCCUCCCGGGCUUGCAGCAGCGGCGCCGGGCGGAACCCGCUGGUCUUCCUGGAGGUGGGCGCCGACAACCAGCCGCUGGGCCGCCUGGUGCUGGAGCUAAAAGCUGAUGUGGUGCCAAAGACAGCAGAAAAUUUCAGAGCCUUAUGCACGGGAGAAAAAGGAUUUGGCUACAAAGGAUCCACCUUCCAUCGAGUGAUACCUUCGUUCAUGUGCCAGGGUGGUGACUUUACUAAUCACAACGGCACGGGAGGAAAAUCUAUAUAUGGCAGUCGCUUUCCUGAUGAAAAUUUCAUUCUUAAACAUAUCGGACCUGGUGUCCUCUCCAUGGCCAACGCCGGUCCCAAUACGAACGGAUCUCAGUUCUUCAUUUGCACGGCCAAAACCGAUUGGCUGGAUGGAAAGCACGUUGUGUUUGGCCAUGUCAAAGAAGGAAUGGACGUUGUGAAAAAAAUCGAAAGCUUUGGAUCAAAGAGCGGAAAAACGUCAAAGAAGAUCAUCAUUACCGACUGUGGCCAGCUGUGAUCAUUCAACCUUUGACCUCAAAAUGUCUUCUCUGAAGAAUCAGAGAUGCAAAAAAAAAAAAAAAAAUUAAAAAUAAAAUCCCUCAAACUAUCUACUUAGAAAUUUCUCAGAGACCACAGAAGAAUCCAUGAAGAAUUCCACUUUGCCUUUGAACCACCUUGCGCUCGUUGAAUUUCAAUACCCUCGUGUCCCUUUUUAACAUCCAAAUUAAAUUUUCUAUCCAGUACUGGGUAGCAGAAAAUGUGAGGACCACAGUUAGUCGGAUUGUAUUAAAGCUUAUCCCGCCGUAGGUUAAAUUAGUACUUGAAUUUUUCCCAUUGUGUGGGCAGUGAAGUCAAGGUGACUUCAUAGUCUUUCAACUUCAAACCCAAACUCUUAAAAAAAAAUGGGAUUGCCUUUCCGUUCAAGCUCGUCCCAUUUCUGUGAUUUGAAGAGUGAACAAACCCUCCAAGCCGCAAACAUGGAAUUAAUGGAUUUCCUACCGUUUUUUCUGAACUACUCCUGUGUCUGGACUACAACACGAACAAAAUGGGAUGUAUUUGGGCUGCUUCGAAUUAGCGCUUGCAAUAUGCUGCUGUUGGAAUCUGAAUGUAGGAAUAUGGUACAGAACAACUGGAAUAUUUUUAUUAACUUGCAAAAAAACAAAAAAAAUGAAGGUUACUUUUUUCGGAUGCAACGAUGAACGAUUGAAAUCAAGCAUCGGGGGAAAAAACUCUUAUGUACCCAACUGAUUAUAUCCAUUGUUCUAAAUAUAGCAGGAUGGCUGACCUCUAUACUCAAUGGUGUAUUUCUCCCCUUACCAUCCUGUCUCAGAACCAGCAUUGCAUUGCAUUUUGCUUUAUUUAAAAGUAGAUUAAAUACACAGCUGGCAGGCCACUAGGCACAGAUUUAAGGUUGUAAGUAGAUGGAUUACUAAUUUGAUUUUUUGUGCUCUUAAGCUUUCCAUACUCAGUUAAAAGGGGAAUCCCAAACUCAGAAAGUUCGUUGGUUUGUAUCGUGAGCCGUGAACUUCACAACAGAUUUACCAUCCUGGAUCUCCACAUCCAGUUUCACACCAUAGAUGUAGCAUAUGUUUAAGCAGGGGUCUUCAAACUUGGCCUUUUUAUGACUUGUGGACUUCAACUCCCAGAAUUCCUCAGCCAGGCACGUGUGCCUGGCUGAGGAAUUCUGGGAGUUGAAGUCCACAAGUCAUCAAAGGGCCACGUUUGAAGACCCCUGUGUUUAAGGCUGGUGGGCCACACCAUUUAUCUCAGGAAUCUAAAAGUAGGGUUCUGAAAUCCCCAGAAUCCGACAAUAAUAGAAUUGCAGUCACUGCUGCAAAAUAGGAAAUAGAAAAAUACUCUUUUAUCUGUCCUUGCACCGUGGGGUUUAUGAUGAACUUGAAUUGCUGGCGUAAGCCGCCAUCUUGAAAUCUGCUGAAGGCAAGCCGAGAAUAUCCAUGCUGUCGACCGUUAAGCGAUUGCACGUUGUCUCUGCGAAGGGAGCAGUUAAAAGCCAUAUAUGUCUGUCUUCUGUCAGAUCCUAAAAUGUGACGAUCCUCCUUAUGUGAAUUUGUAACUCUGUAAUGGUCAUCCCAAAAGGCGCUUUUUCACUGGGCUUUCUUAUUUUUCUUUGAAGAUGUUUCGCUUCUCAGCCAAGAAGCUUCUUCAGCUAUGACUGGAUGGUGGAGAAUGGAAGGACGUCAUCGAUCUCCAGUCCACAACACAGUCUUUUCAGCACUUCCAAAAAGGCUCCACAUCCAUUUGCACUACUCAUUAAUGGCCUUGAGGACACAGGUAAACCUCCAAGUGGCCUCAACGACUCUCCAAAAGAAGGCAAAUGACCAGCUGUCUGCAAGGAGUAUAAAUCUUUCCAUUCCCCACCAUCCAGUCAGAGCUGAAGAAGCUUCUUGGAUGAGAAGCAAAACAUCUUCAAAGAAAAGCAAGCAAGUCUAGUUACUCUUGAAAAAUGGUCAUUUCACUGAAGUUACAAAAUGCUGCAGUGUACAGGUAUCCUCAACUUACGACCAUCCUCAAAGUUAACAACCAUCACGUCCCUCCCCCUCGAUCCCAUGAUUGUGAUUUCAGCCCUUGGCAACCAGCUCACUUACAACAGUUGCGGUGUCUUGCAGCCGCACAAUCACAGGUGACUUCCGAUAGACAAUGUCAAUGCGGAAUCCGGCAAGCGACGUCGCAAUUCACACAAUCGCGUGAUGUCUGGCUUCACAACGGUGGCAGGAAAAGGUCGUAACAUCGGCUUGCAGUCCGAGCAAGCCACUGAACGGUGAAUUUUUUGGGUCUCAGUUACAGUUGCGGGUUGAGGACUACCUUUAUGCAGAAAAGUGUGACAACAAAUACGAUACCUUGAUUGAUGAAUUUCUCAUUCUUGGAAAGGUGUUUUUGAACCUCUAUCAAUAAUACAUGGUAUUUUUGUAGCAUGUUUGUUUAAGUGUGUAAUAUAUUAAAUACCUUUCAUAGGAGAAAAA